GUGCAGCAAGCAAAACCGAGAAAGGGGGAAUCACAUUUGCUAACGGAAAGCACCAAACUCAUCCAGCAGAAUCAAAUCGGAGAAAAUGGGAGAGAAGAAGGAGACCGUGCCACCGGAAUACGAUGUCAACGCUAAGUGGGACGCGUGCAUCGAUCUCACGACCCGCCGUUUCGUCUACUCCUCCCUCGGCGGCGCCUUCGCCGGUCUCCUCUUCUUCAGGAGUCCUGUUACGAGAUGGGCGUCUAUUGCAUUUGGUGCUGGGAUUGGUAUUGGCUCUGCUUACACAGAUUGCUCUCGUGCUUUUGAUACACCUCCUGCGAUUGUAGCAGAGACUUCUUCUGUAUCUCAGGCAGCAGCAGAAGAGUAGAGAAGAGGAUGAUAAAGCGGCAAGUAAGUGAACCCAUGCGAAGAUCAGCAGGGUAUUCAGAAUCACACAAAUGAUUUGUUGAAAUGUUUCCUAAGCGUACCAAAGGGAUGAUGAGUCUUUUGAGAUUACUGCCAAAAAUGUAAAACCUUGAUUAUCUUUUAUUUAUUCUGUUAAUCGUUUUGAACAAAUUAACCUCUAAAAUGUUAUAUCAGGGCAUUCUAGUUGCAAUAAAAGAAACAACAAUAAUGGUGAUUUUGCUGAAUA